CUGGGGGCCACCCUCCCCGUGCUCCAUCUGUCCAGCGGGCUCACUGUGGCGGCUGUGGAGUGAAGGGGGUUCCGGGCAGAGGGGCCGGUAAUGGCUGAGGUGAGAGGCGGGGGCCAGUCGAUUCGUGUACACGGGGCGCCCCCCAGGUCAGGCCCACAGCAGGGCCUCAGCAAGUGCAAGUCGCCUCUCAGGCGAGACGCCUUUUCUGCAGCCCUCCUCCCGCCCAACUCCGGAUCCCAGGCUUCUCAGACGUCUCCAUGACAACCAGGGCCUUGCAGGAGCUGGAUGGGGGCCUGGGCAGCUGCCAAGCAGGCCAGGACCUCUCCACGCUGGCUGACCCCUGCCCUGACCAGCCCCUGGAGGACAGAGCUCGAGCAACACCGAGGCUGGCCGACUCUAGCAGCUGGUCCCAUGAUUCUCAAGAGCCGGCAGCAGAGGGCAGCCCCACAGGCAAUAUGGAUGCCAGGCCCAAGAAGACAGAAAAAGAGCCUGUGACCAAAGUGGCCCUAGGAGCUGGGAAAGAGAGGCUGAAAGCUGGAGCAACUCCCCGGAGCCCCGCCCGCAAGAAGGCGCAGGCCGCCCCUCCCCCGCAGCGGCCACCGCCGCCCCCGACCCCGGCCCUGAGCGAGGAGCUGCCCUGGGGAGACCUGUCACUCAACAAGUGCCUGGUGCUCGCCUCACUCCUGGCGAUGCUGGGUUCGGCCUUCCAGCUGUGUCGCGAUGCUGUGGCGGGGGAGGCAGGUACCCCUGCACCUGUCCCCGAGCCGUGGGUACCGCCCAGGUCGGCACCGGAGCCAGCGUCGCCCCGGCCCCCGCCCCCGCCGAAGCCCGAGGCCUGGGUCCCCCCAUCGGGACCGCCCGCGCCCCAGGUGGAGGCGGAGGAGAAGGCCGAGGUUCCUGGGAGCCGUGAGGCUGCAGACAAGGCUGCUGGGGAAGAGCGCGCGCCCAAGGAGACGCCUCGGAAGGAGGAGAGGCCUCGGAGGGAGAGGCCGCCGAAGGAGCAGAGGCCGCCGAAGGAGAGGCCGCGGAGGGAGGAGAGGGCUCGGAAGCAGGAGAAGCCACGGGCCGCCAGGGAGCCCAGAGCAGCCCUACCGCGGCGCUGGGAGGCAGGCGAAGGGGGCCGUCGGCCUUGGACGCAGGACUCUGGAGACCCCGGGCGCAGGAAGAGGCAGGCCUGGGGCUCCCCGCGGCGCCCGGACGGGGACCGGCCUCCGGGCCGCCAGAAGCAGCGGGCUGGCAAGGGGCGGGACUGAGCCAGGCCUCGGUACUGUGACACACAGUCCCGGGACCCCCGCUCGGUGGCCCCCGCGGUUCAGUGAAAUAAAUUGAGUGCUGCAGCCC